UGUGCCAGUCUCCUUGGGUUGCUCUGGCCUGCCCACACCAUUGCUGCAGCUUUGGUGGCUCUGGAUGGCAGCUGAAGAGGGAUGUUCAAUCUAAUGGCCAAUUGCUGCAACUGGUUGAAACGGUGGAGGGAACCUGUCAGGAAGGUGACACUAAUAAUGGUGGGUCUUGAUAAUGCUGGGAAAACUGCUACAGUCCGAGGAAUUCAGGGAGAGUCUCCUGAAGAUGUGGCUCCAACAGUUGGGUUUUCCAAAAUUAAUCUUAAACAGGGACGCUUUGAAGUCACCAUCUUUGAUUUAGGAGGUGGAAAACGGAUCCGGAAUAUCUGGAGGAAUUAUUAUGCUGAGUCCUACGGUGUCAUAUUUGUGGUGGAUUCCAGUGACAUUGAAAGAAUGGAAGAAACAAAACAAGCCAUGACAGAAGUGUUAAAAAGCCCUAAGAUAUCAGGAAAACCUGUGUUAGUGCUGGCAAAUAAGCAGGACAGAGAAGGAGCUCUGUCAGAAGCAGAUGUGAUCGAGUCCUUAUCUCUGGAAAGGCUGGUUAAUGAACACAAGUGUCUCUGUCAAAUUGAGCCUUGCUCAGCGAUCAUGGGCUGUGGGAAAAAAAUUGACAAAUCAAUCAAAAAGGGAUUAUUUUGGCUUCUCCAUAUCAUAGCAAAAGAUUUUGAUGCCUUAAGUGAGCGUAUCCAGAGAGACACUACAGAGCAGAAGGCACUUGAGGAGCAGAAGAAACUGGAACGAGCUGAGCGAGUCAGGAGGAUACGGGAGCAGAGGGAAAAAGAGGAAGGAAAUGCACCUGAGGAGGAAGACCCUGAGCCUGGGAAAUGUGGGAACCCCUUCCAGCCUAUAUCUGCUGUAAUUUCUGAGAAUGAAAAACAGCUGGAAAAGGAGAAGAAGAGACAAAAGUUGGAGACUGAAAAGGCUACAAUUGUCUUGAAAUCCCAAGCAGAGCAGGACCACUUAUCAAGUAGCAGUAGCCAAAACACAAAUGACAGCAGGCUGGAAGGGUCCAACUCUACAACUGCCCAGCUUUUGCAGCAUGCAGAAGAGAGUGACCAACAAGCCUCAGAAUGCCUUGACUCAGAUAACAAUAAGAAAAAAAGUAAAAAACCAAAAUUAAAAAGGGGUCACAGAGUAGAACCUGUUAAUGCAGAGGACUCUCUUCCCAAGAAUCCUACACCACCAGCAGCCCUUCCACCAGUUGGAUGGGGAACUCCCAAACUUAAUAGACUUGGAAAACUUGAGCCUCUUGGUGAAACACAUCAUCCUGGCAAAUAGAGAGAAGGUGACAAGAAAUGAAAGCCAGAUGAAGAGAUUUCUAUGGGAAGCCUCUGCCUCCACUGACUCUACGCCAAAGACCCAACAGUGAUACCCAUGAUGUCAUUGCCUGACUGGAGCACAAAGAGAAUUCUAAAAAAACAUAAAUUAAAAAUCCUAUUUUUUUUUUACCCUUGAAGGAAAAUUUUUUACGUGACAUUUGAUCAGUAUGUGGCAACUAAACGUGGAGUUCCUCCUGUUGUGCUUAAUGGUCAGACUUUAUCAUUUACUUUCCACAUCACCAGCUCUUCUUCAGGAUUUAUUUGGUUUACUUGUGAAAAGACAUGGCUGUAAACCUGAAGAAAAACACCUUCAAGAUCCCAUAAUACUGGAUUGUACAUUCCCACCGAGACCUUUCUCCAGGUGCUGUGCAGGUGUUGGUAUUUUUUCAGGGAAUAAAUUAUUCUAAAGCAUUUUGUAAGAUUCCUGUAUGAUAGGAUGAAUAUAGAAAGGUUAAACAAAUAUUGAAUAUAUUUUUCUACCUUUUUAUAAAACAAGCUGAAAGUUUGAGUGGAGCUCAGUUCCUGCUACCAAUGGAAUGAUACCUAGGGAGCAUUAUAAAGCUGAUAGUCAAGUGCAUAAAAAUAAAGUGUGUUUGACUCUUAUAUUUCUUUCACAGUACCAAUACCUUUUCUUAGGUAUUACACUACAUAUUGAAUAUUUCUGACAAUCUGAAGCAGAGGGUACGAUAAAAAAAAUGAAAAAAAAUAUAUUUUAUACAAAAUAAUGCUAUUUGAACUAUCUGGAGGUUUUCUUACCUGUUGUUUUAUUUGUUUUGUUAACUGAGUUUGACAUAGGUAAUAAAUUCUGUGGAAAAAUAUAGAGUGAAUACUGUUUUGUCUACUACAACAAACAGGAGAAUUCACAUAGUGGGAAACUUGCACUAAAUAAAUAAUCAGUUUUGAUAGGAAACCCAAUCAACCAGUAUGCAGAUGAUCUCCUUCAGUUUUUAAUCUCAAUAAUAGUAAAAUAUCAUCUUGCAAACUGAAGAAACUCUGUGUUUUUAAGGAUUUCUUUAACACUUCCAUGUAAUGUGUUGAAAAUCACAUACCAGUUAUACCUAAACAAGAAGGGUUACAAUUUGUUAUAUUCCUGUUUAAAUGUUUUUACUGUUACAUGGGAGACAACCAGUGGUGUAUUUGUAAAGGUUCAUUGUUCUGCCACUUAAUGACAGACAGGAGGAAGCCCCCAUUUGGGGGUCUUUUGGAGAAGCAGUAUUUGGUUAUUUUAUAUUAUGGUCUGUCAUCAAUAAUGUGGUUUUACCAAAGGAGUUGAGAUGUUGAAACAAUGUGGUGUGUUAUGUGUUCAGCACUUUGAUAUUGGAAAUCCUCACCAUGCACCCCUUGCAGCAAGGAGUUGCAUAAACAUCUGCCAUAUUAAAAUGAAAUAAUUAAGAUUUUUAAAGAGUAAAGUGGAAUCAGUCUUAAGGAUACUAAGUUUGGAAUAGGUGGAGAGGUUUAUUCCUCUAUGUUUGCUAGUGUAGAGAAAGAAGGAAACAAUUUCUAUGUGACUACCAGCAUGAGAAUACUUCUGUUGUAUUCUAAUAGUGGAACAUGAUUCAGUGGAAUUAUUCUCAGGAUUUGGUCAUUUUCCUUUCAGACAACACAAUACGAAGUGGAGGGGAGGUUGCACAAAAAUUUAUAUGUGCAAUCUCCACUUUACUAACACUAGUUUUGUUACCACUUAAGUUUUUGGCUUAAAGGCUCUACUUUUGCAGACUUACUUUUUUACAGCUUCAAUUUCUAGGACUGUAUUACAGUUUUGUUUUCCUUCUUUCCUACAAUAAAUCAUGGAAGUCUUUAUUAAAAAUAAAGCUAAAUACUGCUGUGGUAACAAAUUUGAGAAACUAAAAUGUUGAUGCUUAUAUAUGAACUGUGUGUUGUGUGUGUGGACACAUGUAUCAUUUUUGAUUUUUGCUUUUAAAAAAAUUUUACCAGUAUGUGACCAAUGUACUCAAAAAUGUUUUAUAAGUUUUUGUUUUAUUAAUAUGCUUUGUAAUUAUUUACUAUGCUGGGGUUUUUCUCAGUAAUUUAUACUGCUAUGACUUUUUAUUUGCUCAAGAUGACAUGUAUAGAAUAAAACUAAUGCAAAGCCUCAA